UGAUUAAAUUUGACUAAACUCGAGAGUUCUUAAGUUUUAAUUUUUCGAUCCUCGCUAAAAAAAAAAACUUUAUCUUUGUGUUUUUGCUUGCUUGCUUCUUUUUGAAGAGUCGGCGAAAAAACGCCAGGCGGAAAAGCUCAAGUGUCCGGUUAUCUAUUUUUCUGUCUGCGAUUGAAACGAUGUCGUCAUCGAAGAAAAUCACCUUGAAGAGCAGCGACGGUGAGCUCUUCGAGGUGGACGAGGCGGUGGCGCUCGAAUCUCACAUAAUCAAACAUGCGAUCGAGGACGUUGGCGCUGAUGACAGUAUCCCGCUGCCAAAUGUGACGAGCAAGAUCCUGGCGAAAGUGAUCGAGUACUGCAAGAAGCACGUCGAGACUCCCAAGCCCGACGCCAAUCAUGAGCUGAACACCUGGGACGCUGAGUUUGUGAAAGUUGAUCAGGCCACGCUCUUCGAUCUCAUUCUGCCUGACGCCAAUCAUGAGCUGAUGACCUGGGACGCCGAGUUUGUGAAAGUUGAUCAGGCCACGCUCUUCGAUCUCAUAGAGAUCGGCAGCCAACUAUUUGAACAUCAAGGGCCUGGUGGACCUGACAUGCCAGACUGUUGCAGACAUGAUCAAGGAUGAUUUGACCCCUGAGGAGAUCCGGAAGACGUUUAACAUGAUGAAUGAUUUGACCCCUGAGGAAGUGGAAGAGGUUUGUCGGGCGCACCCGUGGGCAUUUGAAUGAAGUACUUAUAGGGUAGGUUAAAGUACCAAAUAUGGAAUGUUUUGAUGGAACAUUUGUUCUAAUAGUAAAUAGUAAAUGAACUUUGUAGGGUUAUCUUAGCACCGAUAUAGUAAUAGACUUUUAAGCCUUUAGUUUCGAUUACUUCUAUGAACUUGCGAUCGCAUAUAAACGUAAAUAGUGGUUGGGUUCUCUUGGGGGAGGGAUUGGUAGUGAAUGGGCUAUCCUUGCAAUAGAUCGCUUACUGUUAUCAAUACGGUCUGUUUUAGCAGUCUUUACAGAUGCCAAUUUCCUUUGC